AUGGCCACACUCGAACCUCACCACGACCACAAAGCUUCCAGCAGCAAUUCGAGCUCGUCUGGGAAAGAUGGCCUGGACAAGGUCGAGCUCAGUGAUCUGGAGGCCAGUCCACCUCGAUCAUUACCGGUGGAGCAAGACUUGAUGCAGCUGGCGAGGUUGGGGGAACUACGAGCGGUGCAAAAGUUGUUCGAUUCGGGCAAGGAGACGGCCAAGUCGACGGAUGAGCAGGGCAUUACAGCAUUGCAUUGGGCAGCGAUCAACGGCCACCACGCCCUCUGUCACUUCCUCAUCCAAUCCGGCGCAGACGUCAAUGCCCGAGGAGGAGAUGCCCAAGCGACUCCCGUCCUAUGGGCCAGUAAACGCUGUCAUCUCCAAGUCAUCUCCCUCCUCCUCUCACACGGAGCCGACCCUCUCCUACGAGACGACCAAGGCUACAACCUCUUGCAUUCCGCUACCCUAGAUGGCAACCUCUACCAACUCCUUCUCCUCCUUCACCACCCGGACCUCCCAGUCGACGUCCCGGACUCCCAAGGCCAUACCUCCCUCAUGUGGGCCGCGUACAAAGGCUUCCCAGCAUGCGUCGACAUCCUCCUCCGCUGGGGCGCGGACGUGCAUGCGGUAGAUGAAAUGGCUUUCACCGCCCUCCACUGGGCCCUCGUCAAAGGCAACUACGCUUGCAUACAGAAACUGGUCGAGUACGGUAGUGAUCGGUUCGCUCGAAGUAAACCUACCGAGGGACAGACGGAAGGUGAUACGCCCGCCCAAGCCGCAGUGAAGAUGAAGUCCGAACGCCAGUGGCAUAAAGCUCUGCUCGAUUCCGGCUUCGAUGAACACGCUAAUCCGCUCGUAUUUCCCAUCCCUGGCGUCAAGGAUAAACGCCGCUUCUACAAACGCUUCUUCUUCCUCUGGCCGUUCGCGCUGGGAGGACUCCAACUCUGGAUGCUCGCCACCCUGCCCAUCUUCUUCGGCGUGCCCGGUGUAUUGAUUGUCGGCUAUGCACUCCAAUUCGCCGUGCAAAAGCUCUUCCGUUGGGCGCCUCCCGAUGUAAAGACAAUGCACAAAACACCCUUCCUCGCCGGCAUAUUCGCGGGCACGCUCUUCUGGGUGGGUGUGCGCUGGGUGCUGGAUAUCCUCCCUACUACUUUCUCCACGAAUAUCCUCAUGAAUGUGGCUUUUGCGGUCGCGUAUGGAUUCACGGCCUACUUUUACACCAUGACCAUGACGGCCGAUCCGGGAUAUAUCCCCAAAGGCAGUAGUCGAGGUCAAACGCGGAAGACGAUUGAGGAAUUGGUCGAGCAUGCGGCGUUCAAUGAGGCGCAUUUUUGUGCGGCGUGUUUGAUUCGCAAGCCGUUGAGGAGUAAGCAUUGUCGGCGGUGUGGACGGUGUGUCGCGAGAGAGGAUCAUCAUUGCCCCUGGGUCGAUAAUUGUGUGGGUGUCAACAAUCAUAAGCAUUUCAUCUUGUACGUCAUGUGUUUGAUCAUGGGUAUCUGUCUGAUUAUACGGCUCACGAUUGCUUACAUCGAGAUCCUCCCCGAGCCCACGGAACUCCACUGUACACUUCUCAAGGACGAACUCUGCGCUGAAUUCUCCAAGGAUCCCCUCACCAUCAUCACUUCGGCCUGGGCGGCUCUCCAGCUUACUUGGACGUUUAUGCUGCUUUUCGUGCAUCUUACACAGAUAGCCCGGAAUAUCACCACCUACGAGACUAUGCGUGGAGCCGUGCAAGCUGGUCCUCUUACCUUGGCUAUGACGACGGGGACGAUGUCGGUCGAGGGUGCGCAGGUCGAUGGACUGGCAGCUGUUCCCACUCCUGCUAUUAGUGGCGGACAAGGAGCGCAUGCAGGACACAACCACGCCAAGAACAAAGAUGGUCUCCUCUCCUCAUGGUCCAAACUCCUCGGCCUAGACACUUUCCUCACCAUCGCCUUCCAAGGUUACAAAGGUUCACAAAAUCCGGCCGAACGUGCCCGCCAACGGAAGAGUAAUUUGUGGUCCCGAGGCGUGGUGAGAAAUUGUCAGGACUUCUGGCUGGAUGGGCCGGUUAUGCAGCGCAAGAGUGAAGGGACGAAGUCACUUUUGGGGGGGGAGGAGGUGGAUUAUGCGUUUGUUUAUGAUGUUCCCCGGCCCAGGGCGGGGAUGGGGUAUCGGAGGGGUGGGUAUGAGGGGGUUGCGCAGGGGGACGAGGGAGAGGUGUAA